UCUGCUUCUGGUUGGUCAAUGACAAUCGCGGAUGGAGUGUGGGCUGAGGAAGGAGGCUCCGCUGUCUUACCCUGCAGCUUCACCCACCCUGACACUCACCUCACACUCACCGGCUCCAUCUUAUGGUACAAGGGGAGAUCACGGUCUUAUAUCUUUAAGUGUACAUAUCCUGGUCCAGACCAUUCCCAGGGUGAGCUGUGUGAGAAUGUGAGACAGUGGGACGGUGGGAAUCGAUUCAGAUUCGUGGGGAUUCUCACCAACAAAGAUGCCUCAAUAAUGAUGGAGGGACUGAGCCGGGAGAAUGCUGGUUCCUAUCGGUGUCGUGUGGAGCUCAAUAUCGGCAAAUUUGGAUCUGGAAAAGGAACAAGCCUGAAAGUGAAAGCUGCUCAGGGAAAUGUCUCAGUGGUGAGUGGGACAGAGGGAGAUUCAGUUACUUUACCCUGUAUCUUCAGUCGCUGGGACUCCCACACCCUGACCACUGUUACCUGGAUGAGGAAGGAGCCCUACCAACACAUUGUUACAUUUACAGCCCAAUCACAGGGAAAUUGGACAACUGGACACGGUGGAAAUCGGUACGAGCUCAUCGGGAACCCAGAGGAGGGAAACGCCUCGACCAGGAUAAACCAGCUGAGUGUGAGGGACAAUCACACUUACCUGUGUCUGGUGGAAUACAGGUCAGAACACAAUCUUUUGUAUCUGAUCCAGAAAGAGACUCGGCUGCAGGUACAUGUGAAGACUCAGCCUGCUCAGUAUGUCUCAGUAUAUUCGCUGGUCAUUCCACUGCUCAUCCUCCUCCUCCUCCUCAUCAUCAUUGUCAUCAUCUUCAUCACCUUCAGGAAGAAAGGAGGGGGUUCACAACAAAUGGAUCUGACCGCAGCUUUGAAAAGGAAUGAUCCAGGUUCAUCCAGCAUUCCCGGGACUGAUCAGGCCCAGCAGCUCACUGUUCCAGAUCAGGACAGUUCCAUCCUCUAUGCCGAGAUUGACAGCAACAGAACAGGUGGCAAGAGAUUCACAAACAGUCUGUCAGAAGACCCUCAGCCUGACUCCUGUACCUAUGCCAGCAUCGUGUUUGACAGCAACAGAAAAGGUGGCAAGACUCUCCGGGUUGCUGAUUCAGAAGAGAGUGAGUCAGCGGAUGUAACCUAUGCAGCUGUGGUGAAGACUCAUUAGGAGCGAAUAAGAACUGAACCUGUGUAACUGAGGUUGCAUUGUUUCUCAGAUCAAAUUCAAGGAAUGUCAUGGAACUUACCAGCUCAGAAACUUGGCAUUAUUAUUCUUCAAAAGUGUUUUUUAAUUUUAAAAAAAAAAUUGUACCUUUUUUUCUUAGUGUAUUUUUAAGUGUUUAUGGGAUACUGCACACUUUUGAAAGCAAGUAACCUGACACUCAUUGUAAGUGUUGUUUACACAGCUGCUGGGUCAGACAGCAGCAGAAGAAGGUGCAGACGAACUGGAGACAUGGACAAGUGGCGAUUCAGCCAGAAACAACUAUGUGAUUGGUUCCCAGAUAAUUGAACAAUUUGUGGAUAUGAACAUGACAGGGAGAAGCCAUCCGACCUCCACUUUCUGAGGAACUGUUCAUCAUCUGUAGCACAGUGGCACAGUAGGCGGCACGGUGGCACAGUGGUUAGCACUGCUGCCUCACAGCGCCAGAGACUCGGGUUCAAUUCCCGACUCAGGCGACAGACUGUGUGGAGUUUGCACGUUCUCCCCGUGUCUGCGUGGGUUUCCUUCGGGUACUCCGGUUUCCUCCCACAGUCCAAAAGAUGUGCGGGUCAGGUGAAUUGGCCAUGCUAAAUUGCCCGUAGUGUUAGAUAAGGGGUAAAUGUAGGGGAAUGGGUGGGUUGCGCUUCGGCGGGUCGGUGUGGACUUGUUGGGCCGAAGGGCCUGUUUCCACACUGUAAGUAAUCUAAUCUAAUCUAAUCAGCUCUGUUCCCGGCAGGAAAAGCUACUUUAAAUCUGAGGAUAACCAGCUGAUUGUCUUUUCCUUCAGCAGUUGCAGUAAGUUCUGACCUUUAAUGAGUAAGUCAGACCUUUUAUAAGCCACACACUGUAUCUCUAGUAAACCAGUGACAGCAUCUGGAGAAGCAGCAUUCUGAUCAGCACAAGAAUCAUCUCAGCGGAUCCUGCAAACAGGGAUUGGCGAAACUGUUUUCUGUGUGUUCCUUCCACUUUAGUUUCUGUCUGUGUGUCUGUGUCUGUGUGUGCACACACACGCGUGUGUGUGUGUGCACGCGCGUGUGUGUGUUUCUGUGUGUGUACAAUAUGUGCUUGCUUUUAAGGGGACUUGGUUCAUGAGCAUCUUAGAGUUUUAACUCAUGUUGUUAUAGCUCAAUGGUCCAUCAUUUUUC